AUGACUCCCACGAAAUACACGCACCCAUUGCCACCGAUCGCUCCUAAAUAUGGCAUGCCCAGAAUUUCAAGUUUAGACAGGGGAUGGGACUUGGAACCCUCUAAGCUUAAGAUGCCGACUAGGGGUAAAUACUCUCUUGUUAUAUUGAUUCACGUUCCUGCAUAUCGACCUUUCAGAAGAGCUGACUUUUCUGUUUUGGGUUUUAUACACAGGCACGAAAGGCAAUGCACUCGAUUAGGCCAUGAAUGUGAUUAUAGCCCGAGGCUUUCAUUCCGUGAUGACACUCUAAAAGUAAUGGAAAGGAUGCAAGAUGUUUCCAUAUCCGGAAAUGCCGUUUGGGACUCUUCCUCACCUCCACCGUCGGACGGCAGCUCCGGCUCAUCUACCAGCUCUACUAGCGACGAUAUUCUCCCCCCUUUCGCAUCCCUGACAACAGACAUAGAGCGAGAGAUGAAAGCAGAAUGUUACCGUCCUGGGACAUAUCAUGUAGUUGUGAAUCCGGAUAGCUUUGCGAACUUGACAGAUGAUAGCGAAGAUUCACAAGACGAGCUACCUCCAACGAAAAAGACAGCCAGGCUAGCGCAACCGGCCUCCCAUAAGAGAACUACUUCCAAAUCUAGGCCUCGGUCAUCCACCGAAUCUACCGAUCCAAAUGUGGUGAUUCUAUCUAAAUUUGAGGAUUCGAUGGCUUUGAAUACAAGUUAUUGGAAAUCCCUGAGAUCUUCCCCGCAGACGGUGGCAUCUAGAUCCAAGUCGCCCGAAGAUUAUAAUAAUGGCGGCUUUAAGGAGCCGGAUAAGCCAAAGCAUCCAAUAUUUAUAGGACCAACUGGGCCCUUGGAAGAUGCAAAGUUACUUGGGCAUUUCAGGAGUGUCGUAUGGAAACACCUUGUCCAAGGAGGCCUAGGGCACGAUCAUAUGCAUGUCAACCACCUAAAUAUGCCAGGGGCUGAUAUCUUUGAGAAGGAAGCAGCUAACUUUCUGCCACUUUUCCAUGCUAUGAUGGCUGUCUCUGCCCUGAGUUUGUCGCGGCAGGAUCCAUCUAAGAGCAUCGAUUCCCUACAGCACUACCAAGAAACCCUCCCUUUCCUUCAGACAAGCAUGAGAAGCCACCAGGACCUAUCGUCAGAUGGGAUUGCUGCCGCAGAGCCCGGUGGGUCCAAUCUAUGGUCCCAUCAUAUCCAACGCUUGAUCCGCAUUUGCUAUAUGAGAGGAGCAAUUCUACAGAGGGAGCCGUUUCCAUUUGUCGUUUGGUGGAUAUGUUGGAUUGAUCUCUACGCUCUGUUUAGCGGUGCUGGGACCGGAGACUUUGUUCGUAACAUGCUGGCCCAUGACAUGAUACCGGCCGCCUUAUCACAACUAUAUCCCAUCAGUGAGGGCGGUAAAAGCAUAAUAUACCCUGGAGAAGAGCAUACACUCCCGGUGAUGCUACGCCUAAACCGAGAUACGUUUAUACUCGCUAUCAGGCUCGGCAUCCUUGCUGCAGACUGUCGGCGUGAUGCAGUAUCCCAGACUUUCCCAGAUGGGUCAGUUGGCUGCACAUUACUCGGACGCCAUGCUAAAGAGAAACGGCUGUUUGACAUCCAGCAGUCUUUUCUCCAGCUAUGGACGACGCCACGGGUAUCCCUCUUUCAGCAACAGGUACACCAGCUACCUCCCCGCUCAAAGGAAGUGUUUCAGCAUUGUUCGACUCUCUUCCACAGCUGCAUGAUAUACUCCUAUAUCAGUAUGUGGCCCAACCAAGCUGCAGAGACUGGUAGUUUAUCAGCCCUUGACAUUGACCAACGUAUCUCUGCUAUUCUUUCUACUGCCAAUGAAAUCACCGGCAUGGGAAGAUACGACCUCCGUUUCAUCAUCUUUCCGACUUUCAUUGCUGGAGUAGCGGCGACUUCACCUUCGCAUAAAAUGAUAGCACUCGAUAUACUGUCUACCUUUGAGGCAAACGAGGGUGUUGGUCGCAAUGUGGCUACUGCCCGCCAGCUAUUACAGACAGUAUACCAACAUCAAACGAAUGGGUAUAUGAGGCGAGGCCAUGCAUUUGAUGUUGACUGGCUCGAUGUUAUGGCUAAACAAGGGCUACAGAUGGUAAAUUUCGGGCUCUGA